AUGAAGUUGCCUUCUGGAAUCAAAUUUUUCGUUUUCUUAAUACUUGGUCUCCUGUCUUCUCCCUCUUCAAAGAGGAGUUGUGGUUUUAUGCAGAUGUAUCCAAGUUCAUUUAGGAGAGUGCUUGAAGUAGAUUUUAAUACUAGAGUUGCCUUUCACUUUGGUUUGGGUAGGGUUAGGGUUGUAACUAAGCUCAGUCCCUUAAUAGAUGAAGUGGUGUUGCUUUUUUUUGGUCAGUAUGAGUUUUCUCUUUGGGCUUUCGAAUGGGAUGGUAAUGAGGAGGAGUUAUACGGUAAGGAAGAUGGUUUGUUGAAGAAGAAACUUCAAAUCGUGUUCAUGAGGAUAAAUGUGUUGAUGAGGAAGACGAUAAUAUACUUGUGUCCUGAACCCUAUCCGGAGGAGAAUUUGGAGUUUCUUAAAUCACAGAAUAUUCGUCUAUUUCAAUUUGGAAUUGAGGGGAAAACGGAAGUUUCUUUACCUAUUCUCAGUGAUUCUAUUAUGGAGGCUUUGAAAAUUUUACUUGAUGUGAGAAAUCACCCUGUUUUGAUUCAUUGCAAACGAGGAAAGCAUAGAACAGGUUGUGUAGUUGGUUGCUUCAGAAAGAUGCAGAACUGGUGUCUGUCUUCUGUGUUUGAGGAGUACCAGCGCUAUGCUGGUGCUAAAUCCAAGACAGCGGAUUUAACAUUUAUAGAGAUGUUUGACAUCAUAAAUCUUAGGCAGUGCCUCUACAGCAUCAUCUACCAGUAUCAAGGUGCUUCAAAGAAGCGCAGAUUGAUGUAUCAAGGCGAGACUACGCAGAAGCCACCCCGUUUGACAUCGUUUUAGCUGCUGCACUGGCUAUCAACUCCAUUUUUGGAUUUGGUAGAGAA